UAAGCCUUAAAAUUUGUGAUUUGAAACCGUGUGUAAUAAAUGCUCUUUUCUCGCUCUAACCGUGAAGGGGCUUAUUAAAACACCAACAAUUUUAGAGCAAAAACAACACUGUUUCUGCUUACAGAUUUUUUUUCCCACAAAAAUGGCGGAAUCCAUGGACUCAUCAAAGUUUCACAUAGCUAUGUUUCCAUGGUUUGCCUUUGGUCACAUCACUCCAUUCCUCCAUCUAGCUAACCAACUUGCUGAAAGAGGCCACAACAUCUCAUUCUUGUUGCCAAAACAAGCUCAACUUCACUUGCAACAUUCCACCAAUCUUCUUCAUCCUCAUCUCAUCACCUUCCAUGCCGUGGCCGUCCCACACGUCCAAGGCCUUCCUCCCGGCACCGAGACGGCUUCGGAAAUACCCAUUUCCUUGAAUGGUCAUCUAGCCACCGCCAUGGACCUAAUGCGUGACCAAGUCGAAGCAUUGCUGCGCGUUUUGAAACCCCAUUUUGUUUUCUAUGACUUUGCUUAUUGGAUACCGGCAAUAGCAUCCAAGAUUGGCUCCAAAACAGUAUGCUACAGUGUUGUUUCCGCAGCUUCAGUGGCUAUUGCAUGUAAAGUACUAGUUCCCAUGGACAAGGACAAGCCAUUAUCAGAAUCAGACGCUGCCGAGUUCAUACAAUAUCCACCACCAGGAUAUCCGUCUUCCACAAUCUUGUUGAAUGCAUCUGAAGUUGGUGUAUUUUCAUUUGUAUUGCAAGAGUUUGGCAGUGGCAUAACAUUUUAUGACCGAGUCACAACCGCCCUGAAAGAGUGCAAUGCAAUCUCUAUCAGGACAUGCCAAGAACUAGAAGGGGACUUGUGUGACUACAUAGGAAGCCAAUUCGGAAAGCCAAUGUUGCUGACAGGACCAGUCUUAUUGCCAGCUGAACCACCAGUCUUAUUGCCAGCUGAACCAGCAGCAAAAACACAACUGGAAGUUGAUGGGUGGGGCAAGUGGCUCGAUGGGUUCGAGCCAGGAUCAGUGGUGUUCUGCGCAUUUGGAAGCCAAUGGGUCCUUGAAAAGGACCAAUUUCAGGAAAUUAUUUUGGGGUUUGAGUUAACAGGACUGCCAUUUUUGGUAGUUGCAAAACCGCCCUCCGGUUUGACAUCAGUGGAAGAAGCAUUUCCGGAGGGUUUUGAAGAGAGGGUUAAAGCAGGGAGAGGAGUGGUUUAUGGAGGGUGGGUAGACCAACCAGCAAUAUUGGGUCACCCAUCAGUUGGGUGUUUUGUGAGUCAUUGUGGUUUUGGAUCAAUGUGGGAGGCUUUGUUGAGUGAUAAUCAGAUAGUGCUUGUACCACAUUUGCCUGACCAGAUCUUGAAUACUAGGUUAAUGGCCCAAGAACUGAAGGUUGCAGUGGAAGUAGAGAGGGAUGAAAAUGGAUUGUUUUCAAGAGAGAAGUUGUGCAAGGCCAUCAAGUGCGUGAUGGACAAAGAGAGUGAAGAGGGUGGUAUGGUUAAGAAAAACCACCAAAAGUGGAAGGAGACCCUAACAAGGCAAGGAUUCAUGAGUGGUUAUAUAGAUAAGUUUGUACAGAAUCUGCAACAGCUUUAGCUCAAUUUCACAUCAAACAUGAUCAACUGAUGAGGAUAUAACUCGGACACUCAUUCAUGUUUUGAUCCUCUAUCAGUCUAUUAUAAUUAAGCUUUAUGCAACUAUAUAUAUAUAUAUAUAUAUAUAUAUUCAUGUUACACUCUGUUCCUGAUCCUUUAGAUGUGAUCUACCUUGCGUUUAAUUAGGUAAGUUUUCUACGGUUAGCCAGUUCAGUCUACAAUAUUGUUGGUACUCGUGUUCGCGCGCAGUUGUUGUAUUCUUGAUUAUGAUGUAAAAUUCUAGUUUUGUCUA